GGAGAAGCUUUAAAUGUCCCCUUAAUUUGACUGUUUCUUAGAGCCAAUACUAAUACAAAUAUCUACAACUGAUUCUUUCAUUUUUCAUUUCUCACCAGCAUUCAUUCAUUCAUCUUCUGCAUCAUCGAACUCAAUGUCGUUUGCUUCGACAGAAAAUUGUAUACCCGUAUGGAGACAGAUCCUAAAUUCAACAUUGCUCGUACUCAGAUCUCAUUCUCUCCAUUUCCAUGCACUUUCAAUCAUGUUCCUGUGGCCUAUAAUUUUCUCUUUAAUUGUAUAUCCUUCUUUCGAUCUUGCCUUCUUUCAUCCCGAUUAUAAUUUCAUCAUUUCAACUCAGUUUUCCAUUUCCAGUUUCGAAAUUUUUGUAACCAUGGUGUGCACUCUGUUUUUUGCCCUGUUUUUCCUCUGUUCCAUAGCCACAAUUACAUAUAGCACCGUUCAAGCGUACAAGAAUAGACCGAUGAACCUCAUAUCGUCGAUUAUAUCUAUCAGAAAUUCUUUCUUCCCCCUUCUCUCCACCUUCAUCGUUUCUCAUACCAUAUUCAUUUCAGUUAUUAUCAUUAUUGCCCUUGUUUUUGUUGUUUCACUCCAAAUUCUUAAAGAUCUCGGGUUGAUUGAACUCCAAAACGACUCGAAUCACUUCUGGUUUUUGUUCAUUCUCGUGAUCGUACCAGUACUGCUAUGGUUACAGGUGAACUGGUCAUUAGCUUAUGCGAUAGCAGCGGUUGAAUCCAAAUGGGGAUUCGAAACGCUGAGGAGAAGUGCGUAUUUGGUGAAAGGGAUGAGAUGGGUUGCUUUCUGGACACAUUUGUUCUACGGGCUAUCGUUGGGAGCAAUGGUGAUUGGGAGUAACGUCGUUUUUGUGAUUUUGGGUGUGGGAAAGCGCGAUCAUUGGCGGAGUUUUUCUGUGACAUCACAAGUCGUGCAGUGUACAGUGCUGGGAACUUUGGGAAUGAAUCAGUUUCUUGUAUUGAAUGUGGUAUUAUAUAUGUAUUGCAAGGGCUUGGAAGGCGAAAAAUUGUCAUUCGAAGAUGUAUCAGUGCCAUUGGACGACGAGGAGAAGAAUCAUAAUAUUGUGUAGUACAUGUCGGUACUGAAAGAUGGUGAACUAUGUCUAAGCAGGUGAAUCGAGAGGAAAAUCUCGAGCCUGACGGCUGCAGUAAUACUGAACAUACAAAUCAAUCGUUUUACUAUCAAACCGUCUAGUAGCUGGUUCCUUUGAAGUUUACCUUGUGAUAGCUUGAGCCUGUUUAAUUUCUUUAAAAAUCGUGUAAGACUUGGUUUGUUUUGUAAAUUGCACAGAUUGUGUAAGCCAAAUGGUUUUGCUAUGUAGAAAUGUACAAUAGAUCAUGUGCAUGCCUCGCAAUACGCAUA